AGCCCGGAUGGGGUCUUCAGAUUGGGGGAGAAAUGUAUUUUCCAUGGAAUUAUGUGGGGAUACAGUAGAAUUAAGUGUACCAUAUUUGAUUAUUACCCUUUUAAUCUGACUGCACAGCGGAUGUUCUCUCUCGUAAUAGAUACUCUCACGUAAUUGCGCGUUCUAUUAUCUAUAUAUGUCUACAUAUUACAUAAUCUUUAACAUAAGUUUAUCUUUCCGUGAUGUAACGUUAUAAUAUAAUAUAAUAGAAAACUAUUAGUGGGCUGCACUUUUAAAACUAAAUAUCUACACAGAACUAGAAUUUUAGAGAAAUAUACCUAUUUUAUUGAUAAGCACGUACUUUUCAAAGGGAAAUAUUUCGAAUUCAGUUUCAAAGACCGUAUCAAGAAAAUAUCCUUGCAUCUUACAUAAUACACUAUUAAGUCCAUAAUAGAAUAGAAAAGGGCGCUGAAAUAAAUCCGUUUCCAAUACUCUUUGUAAUUUGAGAUGAUCGGCUUGGCGUAGCCGUAUGGGACUCCUGGCUACUCUGAUAUGUGUCACCAAGAAGUAGCGCUGAUCUGUGAUGUGAUCCGGUGGGUGAAAAAGGUUGCGAGAAGAUCAGAUCAAAUGGAUUACGGAGAAGAGAAAGUAAGAGAAAAUGUUCCUCCCGCAGAGAAGAAGAGCGUAACUUUGUCAACAGUGAUCCACCAUGCGUUUAAGGCCUGUAUUUAUAGUCGCGUUUCUCUAGAACUCGCCGCGGCUAUUAUCAUUGAAAUAAUAAAUGUAAUGAAAUUUUGGAUCUCGGAAACGUCAAUGUUAUUUUUGAUAUUCGCCAUCAUCUUUUUAUCUCUCUUUCUCUUUCAUUCUCUCUCUCUCUCUCUCUCUCUCUCUCUCUCUCUCUCUCUCUCUCUCUCUCUCUCUCUCUCUCUCUCUCUCUCUCUCUCUCUCUCUCUCUCCUCGCAGGCGUCGGCGACGCUUCGCAAAAUCUAUCGUGAAUUUGCCGAUAGCGUGUCCCAGAAAUACGAAAAUCAAGUCUCGUCGUGCAGCUUGAUUUCGAUCGCAGGUAGACACACACAGGAUGUGACAAGCACGAGAGCCGGGGGGGGUAUGUACAGCCAAUCAGUGGUUUUUCCUAGACUGGCUGUCAUUCAGUCAGCCAAGUGGAAGGACAGGAACGGCUUGUGGUUCGGCUUUCGCAUUAUUCAUUAUGCAGCUCACAACACGCCGUCACCUGCCACCGCAGUCCUGCAUACACAGCCAGGUCGGGAUUGACCAUACACACGCGUAGCGUGUGUACCUACAAACGCGAGCGGGAACGUAUGCGUCGUUCGUGUGUAUGUAUAUGUGCACGCGGAUCCAACAAUAAGUCUACAAUAGAAAUAACUGCAUCUUCACGCAGCAAUGUUACAAGUCGCAAUAAUAGCCUCUGUGUUUCGUCAAAUUUUAGACUGCACCGUCAUUUGAUUUCUGCGUUAUAGAUAUCUGAUUGGGUCCAUUAUAACAAAACAUGUGAAAUCCUUCAUCCCUGGGAAUUAAUAAAGAAAACAAAUUAAUUUAACUCAAUUAUUUCUUAAAAAAAUACGUAUUUUACAAAAUUACAUCCAUCCUCACAAGAACAAGAGGAACAUAAAUUAAGGGGAUACGACACAUCAUGUACUGCAAUUUCGCGUUAAUCAACGCGAUGGCAUCGCGUUCAAUGUCAUUUCUUCCCGCCCCCCCCCCCUUCCCUCCCCGCAAAGUAAAAAGAAAGAUGCGAAUCGCGCGAAUUGAAUACGCGCGACAAAAGGGAUCGCCGUGUACGUAUGUAUACGCACGGAAAUGACUCGGAUGAGAAGCGCAGCACCGUUGACUGACAGCACCCCAUCCAUAUACAGGCAAUAUGUUUAUACUAGACUGAUAAUGAAUUCAUGCUGCGCGUAGGGCGCGAGCUACUUGUGAACAGGUUGCAGGAGCAUUACGGAUCGGCUCGCACAGAUGCUCUUUUGUCGGCAGAUGAGUGAGAGCCCAGGGGAUAACGUUGGAUGAUAUCAGAUCUGUCGGAUCGAUAUAAGAAUCAAGGGAAUCGGGGUAAAACACGCUCCACACACACACACUCACACGCACGAGCGCGUAGUUAGGUAUCGCGCGAGUGUGUAUGUGUAUAUGUGCGAUACGCAGCCGGGAAAUCCCACGGGUCCCAAUGGGAAACCAUCCACGGGGCUUAAUGACAAUUCUGGCCUAUUCUAUAUCGCUCAAACGCUCGUUUGCGCUCGUUUGUAUGUACGAUCGUUGGUACUUAAGCAUAUAUACCCACAAAAUGGCGUUCGUCGACCGAGUCCAAGUUCGGCGGGCGCAAUCGCGAAAGCGCCCGAGUGUUUCAACCGGAUAGAAAAAUUUCUCGAUAUUCCAUUUCGGUAAUAAAAUUUCGGUUGACCCUUUGUUGAGAGAAUAGACCAUGUCUUGGAACCAUGUAAAUCAUGUGUACAGAUUUCAGGAACGAUCCGCGUGCGACGAGAGAGAGAGAGAGAGAAAGAGAGAGGGGGGGGGGGGCAAGGAGGGGAAAGGUCCGAA